CACUUCGUGUCCUCGCGCGUGUGUUACCGUCAGACUCAGACGGUUCCGCGCGACAUGAACCGAACCGCGGUCUCCUCCAGGGAUUUAACUUAAAGAAGGAGGAGCGCGUGCCAGUGCGAGACCCCACUGUGUGUGUGUGUGUGUGUGUGUCUUCAUCAUGACGGUUCCGGUUCCAGACUGGUUCUGAACAUGGUGCUGCUGUUGACCCGGAUCAGCCUGCUUCUCCUGUCCUGGUCCUGGUCCUGCACGUGGAGCCGAGCUGAGCUGCUGCAGCACGACAGAUGGGACGACGACCUGGCGUCCCUGUCCCUGUCCGCCGGUCUGUGUCGCUAUGGUAAUAGCGUGGAGUGUUGCUGGGGCUGGAGACACACGGAGCGAGGACGAUGUCAGCCUCACUGUCAGCAGGGCUGUAAACAUGGAGAGUGUGUCCGACCAGACAGAUGCAAAUGUCACCCGGGAUUCAGUGGGAAGGCCUGUAACCAAGAUCUGAACGAGUGUGGUCUGAAGCCUCGUCCCUGUAAACAUCGCUGCAUGAACACGCUGGGCAGCUACAAGUGUUACUGUGUGGACGGAUACACACUGCAGGCGGACGGCAGCUGCAGGAACGCUCAGACCUGUUACCAUGCCAACUGUCAGUACGGCUGUGAGGUGUCUAAGGGUGUGGUCCGCUGCACCUGCCCGUCGCCAGGGUUACGGCUGGGACCGGACAAACGCACGUGUGUCGACAUUGACGAGUGUGCGUCCGGCGGCAGGGGGGUGUGUUCUCGUCACAGGAAGUGUGUGAACACGUUUGGCAGCUUCCUGUGUAAAUGUCACCAUGGUUUCAAACUCACGUACAUUAACGGACGUUACGUCUGCGUCGAUAGAGACACUCGUCCGUUCUGCUCUGUGAACCCGACGUCUCCAAAGUGCAGGUGCAGAGACGGCAGGUGUUCAGCUGUUCCUAAAGUCACACUGGAGCCACAAAGACCAAGAACUACAACUCCCAUCAGCCCCGUCACCACUGCUCCUCAGCCAGUCACCACGACAACUACCACAGCAGCAGCAACUCUGCCAGUCACAGCCAAAAUAUCUACAACUACACCUGUUACUACGACAACUACACCUGUUACUACGACAACUACACCUGUAACUACAACACCUGUUACUACGACAACUACACCUGUUACUACGACAACUAUACCUGUUACUACGACAACUACACCUGUUACUACAACAGCUACACCUGUAACUACAACAACUACACCUGUAACUACAACACCUGUUACACGGUUACUACCAACCACCUGUACUACAACAGCUAUUACUACGACAACUACACCUGUUACUACAACACCUGUUACUACAACAACUACACCUGUUACUAUGACAACUACACCUGUUACUACAACACCUGUUACUACGACAACUACACCUGUUACUAUGACAACUACACCUGUUACUACAACACCUGUUACUAUGACAACUACACCUGCACCUGUUACUACGACAACUACACCUGUUACUGCAACACCUGUUACUACGCCUAAUACAGUGGAAUCAGCUGUCUCCACACUGCGCGUCACCACCAUCUCCAUGGUAACAACAACAUUAAACAACCGGAUCAACAAGGACGUGACACAGAAACAGAGAGGAGACGUGCACAUUCCUCGUCAUCCUGACAAUAACCAGGUGUGGGAGUUUGACAUCGAGCUGGGAAACACGGGCGAGGACGACGUCGGCGACGAUCCUGAGGCAGGCGUGCUCCGCUGCACCUUUGAUCAUGGAGCGUGUGAUUGGCUCUCAGACAGAGAGGGAGAUCUUCACUGGGAAACUUCUGAAAACCCUGCAGGUGGGCGUUUCCUCUCCGUCCCAGAGCUGAAGGCGGGGCAGAGAAGCUUCCGUGGUGCCCGAUUGGCCGCCCAUGUCGCCCGAUCCUGGAGCCGUGGCGACCUGUGUUUCUCCUUCUCUCAUUGGCUGACAGGACAUCAUGUGGGCGUGCUGCAGCUGUUUGUCCGCAAAAGGGGGCGGGACCAAAGGUACAGCCCCGCCCUCUGGAGCAGGACAGGUGGACACGGCUGGAGACACACACAGGUUACCUUGACGACACACUCGCUGGACAGGGUGUUGUUGAAGGUUGAGCGGAAGCAUGGGCGACACGGACAGAUCGCCAUCGAUGAUGUCACACUGAGGCGGGGGGCGUGUCGAUGACAUCACUGUGUGUUGAUGACGUCACAGUUUGUGCUGUUUUAAAGGAGCAGUGCCGCUUUUUAAGCCUCACAACACGAGCGGCCUGCAGGGGGCGAUGUUCACUCACACACUCAGGACUGAUAAUGAUGAUGAUGAUGCCUUCACACU